GCAGCUGUUUAUCUUCCCCAUGAUAUGGGCGGAAAAAAUGGCGUUGCCCGUGAGUGUGGGAGCGCUUCUAGAAUCAGAAGUAAUAGAGGAUCCAUUAUACAAAGAUGAAGGUCUCUGUGUACUUGGUAUAUUCGGUAAGACUGCAAUGGUACCCGGAUCACCGAAAGAGUUUCUAAUCAACACGCUCGCGGACAAGCACAUCUAUUCACUAUUUGGACUGGAUGAGACAGACAAUCAUAACAGUGGAAGCUUGAUUCAGGCGUACUACAGCCAAGAAAACCGCGUAUUGUAUCUGGUGCUUACUUCAGUUUGUGACAACCGACAGCUUUUGUGGGCGUGUGAGUCUUUGAGUACGGGCGUCGGACACUCGGAGGCGCACGAAUUCUGGAAAGGAGCGGAUAAACAGCAUUGCUUAGCAUUGCUUUACCUAUUCUCGUUGUGCCAUGUCCUGCUACUGGUCCAUCCUACAUGCUGUUUUGAUGUCACCUAUGACAGAUUGUUCCGUGCUCUGGAUGCACUUCGCCAGAAAGUUCUGCCACUACUACGUGCUACAAUCAAGGAUUCGAUAAUAUCCAAAGAAUGGAAGGUGAACUGCCGGCCCUGUCCCCCUCGCCUGCUAUUCGUAUUCCAGAUGAAUGGAGCCCUGCGAAGCUAUGGUGGAAAUGGUUCAGACCCUUCUGGAGGAAAUGCUGAUAAGCCCAAGAAACACUCGCCAAGGAGACGCCUCCAGCAUGCAUUGGAAGACCAGAUAUAUCGAAUUUUCCGGAAAAGUCGGGUCCUCACCAACCAGAGCAGUAAUUGCUUAUUCACUGUCCCUGCUAACCAAGCGUUUGUUUACGUGGUGCCUGGGCCAGAGGAGGACCCAGUGGCAGCCGUGCUAGGACAACUGCGCUCCAACUGUGCCCUGAGGGAAAAUGACACCAGCACCUUGGUGUCUGGACCCAGGCGCUACCAACAAAUGCGUCACUCUGCAAGACAACCAUCCUUCAAUGUAGAAAGCAGCAGCCUCUCAGGGGGGCAACUAGUAGACUGUAGUCUGAAGGAGUUCCUUUGGCAGCAUGUCGAACUGGUGUUGACCAAGAAAGGCUUUGAUGACAGUGUUGGUCGCAAUCCGCAGCCUUCUCAUUUUGAGCUGCCAACCUACUCCAAAUGGGCACAAGUGGCCUACAGGCUGCAUCAGGUCAUGAUAGCCAACACAGAGGAGGAAACUGCAGAGCUGGCUGUCAAAGUGCAGAGUCAACUUAAGUUUUUGGAAGGUUUCCUGGACGCAGAUGCCAAGUUCUCUGAGAACCGCUGCCAGAAAGCCCUGCCACUGGCACAUAGCGCCUACCAGUCUAACCUUCCCCAUAACUAUACCACCACUGUGCAUAAAAACCAACUGACACAAGCACUUCGGGUCUACAGCCAGCAUGCACGCGGCGUAGCUUUUCAGCGCUAUGCCUUGCAGUUGCAUGAGGACUGCUACAAGUUCUGGAGUAAUGGGCAUCAGUUAUGUGAAGAGCGCAGUCUAACAGACCAACACUGUGUGCACAAGUUUCACCUGCUGCCUCAGCCAGAUGAGAAGCCAGAGAUGGACCGCAACCCGCCCAUCCUCAACCACAACAGCAGGGGGCGUUCCACUAGCUCGUGUAACUGUGGCUGGAAGCAAGCCCCUCGUGAGGACCCCUUUGACAUCCAAGCUGCCAACUACGACUUCUACCAAAUGUUUGAGGAGAAAUGCUGCGGGAAGCUGGAGAGGAUCGACUUUCCUGUUUUCCAGCCAAGCACCCCAGACCCAGCCCCGGCCUGUGAAGAAGCACCCAGACCCACUGAGGUGGCUGCCCCAGUCCCAGUCCCACCGUCAGGUUCAGAGCCUGGGUCAGGGCCAUCAGAGGGGGAGAGGCUAAAGGAGAGCAUCCCAGCGUCCCACCCAGUGUCCCACACGCCCGGAGAGAGCACCAGCCUCAGCCUGGCCCUCAGCCUGGGCCAUUCCACUGACAGCCUAGGGCCUUAUGGAGAUGGAGGGGGCGGUGAGGGCCAGGAGAAGAGGCCCAGCCUGGUGGAUCGCCAGGCCUCCACUGUGGAGUACCUUCCAGGCAUGCUCCACUCAGGCUGCUCCAAAGGUCUGCUGCCCAAGUUCUCCAGCUGGUCGCUGGUCAAGCUUGGCCCUGCUAAGACCUACAACCCCCACACUGGCCUGGAGCAGCCAGGCUUCCUGCCUGGCUCCUCCUUCCUCCUGCCCUGGGACGUGGUGAUUCGCUCCCGCUCUGAAGAGGAGGUGGGCUUAACUGAGCCCUUGGAUGGGGGACCCUCCUCCUGGCCGGCCCCCAACAAAACCGUGGCGGGGAAGCGAGGGAGUGCAGGGGGCCUUGGCCGGGGACGCAGGCGGGAUGACGUGGCCCGGGCCUUUGUGGGCUUUGAGUACGAGGACAGUAGGGGCCGGCGUUUCCUCAGCUCAGGACCUGAUAAAGUGGUGAAAGUGCUGGGGCCUGGAGGGGCCAAAGAGCCGGCCACCAGGGCCCUGAACACAGACAUGCCCCUGUACAUUCCCUCUCCAGCCCAGGGGCGUGGCCUAAAGACCCACUACGCCCAGCUGGCGCGCCUCUACAUUGUGGUCCCUGACGCCCCCCUGGAGAUAACACUCAACCCACAGGUCCAACCCGGCCCCCCUCCAUGUCCAGUGUUCCACCCCGAGCAGACAGAGCUGGUGCUGCCCCCUGAUGGCCUGUGGGUCCUACGUUUCCCCUAUUCCUAUGUCACAGACCGUGGCCCAUGCUACCCACCUAAAGAGAACCAGCCCCUGGCCAGCUACAAGGUCCUCAGAGGCAUCCUGCGUGCCAACACUGCAAGCCCUCUUCCACCACAGUAACCCCUACUCACACCAUAGCACCGCAAUGUGACUCUCGCACUUAUUUGAAAGGUUAGUUUAAAAAUGACUUUGAGUCAGUUGGACCGUGUUCUCUUGCCUAGUGUUGUUUCAUCCCCUAAAAUACUAUUUCGAGUUAAAUAGAAUUGUGCUGGGUUAGUUGAUUUAUGAAUAGCAAUCUAAAAAGGUGUUGAUCUGCGUCUCCACUUGGAUAUAUUCAAAAUUAAGAUCUUGUUCUCUGAUCUUUUGUUGUUCGUGGUAUCUUUUUAAUAGGGUUGUCAGGUGGUAUUUUCAGCUCUUACACUAAAAGGGCAAUUUAUAUAAAACACUGGAAAAUCAUGUUUUUGACUGCACUGGGCCUUUAAGGAGAGAAUAAAUUACAUUUUACGGAUC